AUGACGACUCCCCGCGCCUUCGUCAUCCGCCACGGCGAAACAGAGUGGUCCCUCAACGGCCGCCACACCGGCAGUACCGACAUCCCCCUGACCGCCAACGGCGAGAGGCGUGUGCGUGCCACCGGCCGCGCCCUCGUAGGGAGCGACCGACUCAUCGUUCCCAAGAGGAUCUCUCACAUCUACGUGUCCCCCCGCAGGCGUGCUCAGCGCACCUUUGAGCUGUUGAACCUCGGCAUCAGCGAUGAGCUCCCUUGGAAGUGCCAUGGCAACAUCGACGGCGACGGCCCGUCCUGCAAUGCCCACGUCGAAGUCACCGAGGAUAUCCGUGAGUGGGACUACGGCGACUACGAGGGCAUCACGUCUCCCGAGAUCCGCCGCAUCCGUAAGGAGCAGGGUCUCGGCGAGAACUGGGACAUUUGGCGCGACGGCUGUCCCGGCGGAGAGAGCCCUCAAGAUGUCACAGACCGCUUGGACCGCCUAAUCGAGGACAUACGCGAGAGGUGGCACAAGCCUGUCAUCGGUGACAAGGCUGCGACCAACGGCGACGUUCUUGUUGUCGCCCAUGGCCACAUCCUCCGCGCCUUCGCCAUGCGUUGGGCCGGGAAGACGCUCCAGGAUGGCCCGGCAUUCCUGCUCGAGGCCGGUGGUGUCGGUACUCUGAGCUACGAACAUCACAACAUCGAAGAGCCUGCCAUUCUGCUGGGAGGUGCGUUUGCUGUUGAUUUCAUCGAGAAGGAUGAGCCGGCGCAGGCAUAG